AUGUAUGGACGCAAGGGAAAAAUUCCAGGAUCGUGGAAAAAACGGGUUUCUCGCGCGUCGCCAGAAGAGAACCCGCUCAACGCCAGGCACUCCUGGCAAGGUGACGAAGCGACGGAGACAGUUAUUCUCACCAGGAACGACGCCUCGGAAGUCAUCAACAAGUCCUUCCACAUUCAAAGUGGAAGAAAGAGCUGGAGACUCCUGUCAGCCCUGUCCAGCAAGGAGAGACUCCGGUCAGCCAUGUCCAGCAAGGAGAGACUCCGGUCAGCUAUGUCCAGCGAGGAGAGACUCCGGUCAGCCAUGUCCAGCAAGGAGAGACUCCGGUCAGCUAUGUCAAGCAAGGAGAGACUCCGGUCAGCUUUGUCCAGCGGGGAGAGACUCCGGUCAGCCAUGUCCAGCGAGGAGAGACUCCGGUCAGCCAUGACCAGCAAGGAGAGACUCCGGUCAGCUAUGUCCAGCGAGGAGAGACUCCGGUCAGCCAUAUCCAGCAAGGAGAGACUCCGGUCAGCUAUGUCCAGCAAGGAGAGACUCCUGUCAGCUUUUUCCAGUGGGGAGAGACUCCGGUCAGCUAUGUCCAGGGAGGAGAGACUCCGGUCAGCCAUGUCAAGCGAGGAGAGACUCCGGUCAGCCAUGUCCAGCAAGGAGGGACUCCUGUCAGCUUUUUCCAGCGGGGAGAGACUCCGGUCAGCCAUGUCCAGCAAGGAGAGACUCCGGUCAGCUUUGUCCAGCGGGGAGAGACUCCGGUCAGCCAUGUCCAGCGAGGAGAGACUCCGGUCAGCUUUGUCCAGCGGGGAGAGACUCCGGUCAGCUAUGUCCAGCGGGGAGAGACUCUGGUCAGCCAUGUCCAGCGAGGAGAGACUCCGGUCAGCUAUGUCCAGCAAGGAGAGACUCAGGUCAGCUAUGUCCAGCGAGGAGAGACUCCGGUCAGCUAUGUCCAGCGGGGAGAGACUCCGGUUUACUGACGAUAGGAGUGAGCACGUCACCAUCCAGUACAAGAUGUGGUCAACCGACACUGUGUGGCGACCAUCCUCAACGGACCCAGAUCUCCAACUAUUCAAGGAAGUUGAUGGCAAGCAGCAGAUACCAACCGGGCAGCCAUCCUUUGUGGGGCCACACUUCGAGGAAGAAUACCUGAAGAAGUUAAAAUCAUCAAUCGAAAAAAAGAGGGACCAUCUCAACCACCAGCAGUGGCAGGAUCAGGAGGGGCAGACAUCUUUAGAUAGUCCAACAGCUAUUGACCAACAAUCCACACCUCCAUCCUCUGGCUGGUUUCUCCACAACCUCCGUCCAUUUCAGCAUUUGCCACCUGCUCCACCAGCAUUAGAUGAAGGGCAGAGGACAGCACUGCAGAGGCUGCUAAACAAGGAGUUCAACUGUCCUCUCCAGGCGGGUGGCCCGCAGCAGCUGCCAGCCCAGGUCCAGGCCCCAGGACAGGCGGCAGGGCAGCAGCAGCCACCAGCGCCGCAACAGGUUCCCGGUCAGGCUGCAAUGUUACAGGGGGCAGCAGCGGCGGCUGCGGUUCCGCAGCAGCCAGUUGAGGCAGCCCAGGUUCCACCCCAGACAGUGCAGGGAGCGCAACAGAAUCCGGCAGAGGUGACCAAAGCGAAGUUUGCCACGCACAUCGAGGUGGCAGUCGCCACACCUGACGUUUUCGCCCUUGUCAAUGAGGUGGCUGAGAAAUACAAGAUGGGUGGCAUUUUGCAGGAAGAGCUGCUGAAGAUGGGGGAGCUGGCUCUAUUAAGGAUCGAAGAAAACAGGGUGGCCAAACAGCUGCGCAUUACCCCAUACGUCAUCGCACCUGACACAGAUUCCAGCAUCCAGCUGGAGAACCUCGAAGAACCCACGAGUCUCCUGACAAAUGAGAAGGACGACGCAGUUCCGCCACAACGUGCACAGGGACUCCUACCACGACAGGGAAAGUCAGUGGAGUCCGUGCAAGUCAGUGAGACGAGCUGCAUCACUGAAGGAGCCGGAAUAGACGUCCGUGUGCCUUAUAAAGUCGGGAAGGAGCUACAAAUCACCCAGAACAGCGCCGUCGACAGGAGGAAGAUAAUGAGAGGGGAGUGCCAGACCAGUAGCAGAUCUAGAAUAGCCAAUUGA